GUCGAGUCCAAGGGUUUGCGGCCAUGGACAAGGUCUCGGAGCUGCAGCAAUGCGUCGACCAAAUGGCGCUCGACAUGUUCAACGCGCUGCGGCUGCUGCCGUCGAUCGCCAAGGACGCGUCGCCCGAGGAGGUCAAGGAGCAGCGUGAGCGCGUCAAGGGCCUCGCGCGCGACCUCUUGCUCACGGCCAAGAAGACCAACGACGUCAUCGACAGCCUCCCUGGCCUCGACAAGACCGAAGACGAGCAGCUCGACGAGAUGGCCAAGCUCCAGCUUGCGAGCGACGAAGAAGCGCGCAACCUCUUUGAGGCCGAAGAAGAAGCGCUUCUCUGGAACCAGCGCGCCCAAGAGUCGCUCCGCGUCAUUUGCGAUACCCGCUUGAAGCGCUCGGACGCGUAAGCCAGCUUUCUACCUUGAUAUCUAUAGCAUUGCCACUCGCCGUGAUCAAUUCCUCUGCAAGUACUCUCGACCACAGCAGCAACACGAUCAUGUUCAUAUCGUCCAAGCAUCGAAUGCUGUUUGCCGCUGAUUGAUGCAUUACCCACAGUCACCUUAUCGGAGCACUUGAUGUACGAGAGUCUCUUGCGUACUUUAUCUCUAGCAGUUAGGCGCCUUGACAAACGCAUG